GUGGCUAAAGGUGGAAUCCUAACAGCACCCACAAAGAGCUCUUUGCCAUGUCAGACUACCUUUGGUUUGAAGGAAUAGCUUUCCCUGCAUUAGGAUAAUAUUCACUUAUGAGUACAUACAUACCAUCUUUGCCUUUCCGAGUCUGGGUUUCCUCACUCAGGAUGAUUUUUAAAAUUUCAUUCAUUUUCUUUCAAAUUUCCUGAUGACAUUGUUUUUAACAGUUUUAUAUGGAUCAUGGUUUGAGCACACCCGUGCCUGGCUGUCCAUGAGAGAAAGGGACAACUUCCUGCUUUUGAACUAUGAAGACCUUAAACAGGACACAAGAGGAACCAUAGAGAAGAUCUGUGACUUCUUAGGAAAGAAAUUAGAGACAGAUGAGCUGGAUCUGGUCCUCAAGCACAGCUCCUUCCAAGCCAUGAAAGAAAAUAAAAUGUCCAAUUUUAGCCUCAUUCCAGAAGAUGUGGUUACUAAUGGUUUUAAUCUCAUGAGGAAAGGCACGACUAGAGACUGGAAGAAUCACUUUACUGUAGCCCAAGCUGAAGUCUUUGAUAAAGUAUUCCAGGAGAAAAUGAUUGGUUUCCCACCAGAACUGUUCCCAUGGCAAUAAAUUCUUAAAACUUUUAAAUCA